UUCUGCUAAUAAGGCUCGUCUUACUUCACGAAAGUUCCUAUUCAUGAAGCAGUCCGUCCUCCGGUACAUAGAUGCUCCGGUAUAUGAGGGCAGCGUGCAAUUUCGGUCACAGCAUUUUGCAGAGAAACAACUCAUCCACCGCAGUGGACAUAGGCACCGGCAUUUUUUACAGAUUUGGUCUUUACUUUCAGGUGUCCAGACAAACCAGCAUGGCGUUGACCGCGAGUUCCCAGAGAAUGGUCUGGGUUGACCUGGAGAUGACCGGUCUCGACAUUGAGAAGGACCAGAUCAUUGAAAUGGCAUGCAUUAUUACUGACUCAGACCUGAACAUUCUGGCUGAGGGGCCAAACUUGAUAAUUAAACAGCAGGAUGAGUUGCUUGAUGGGAUGUCCGACUGGUGUAAAGAGCAUCAUGGAAAGUCAGGACUGACGCAGGCUGUACGGGAUAGUAAAAUCACCCUGGAACAAGCAGAGUACGAGUUCCUGUCCUUUGUCCGACAGCACACCCCACCUGGAAAGUGUCCCAUUGCUGGUAACUCUGUGCAUGCUGACAAGAGGUUUCUGGACAAGUACAUGUCGCAGUUUAUGUGUCACCUUCAUUACAGAAUCAUUGAUGUCAGCACAAUCAAGGAGCUUUGCAGACGGUGGUUUCCAGAGGAAUACAAGAUGACGCCUCAUAAGAAAGCCACCCACAGGGCUUUGAAUGACAUCCGAGAGAGCAUUAAAGAGCUGCAGUACUACAGAGCCAACAUCUUCAAAGUAAUAACCGAAAAGAACAAGUGUAAAGUUGUUGAAAAUGGUGACAGCAACAAGAAUUGUCAUGUAUGAGUGCGACAGUAUUCAGUGUUGUGUUGUUGCAUUUCCUAAAGAAUCCGGUUCAUCGUUGAUUUUAGUAGUCAUAUGGGAAUCCAUUGAUACAUUGUUCCAGUAUUAUUCAAAAGGUAAAUGUUGAGGUUUCAUCAAAGGGAGCAAGAUUCUAGUACCAGUUUAUGAAAUAAAUAUUUAAUAGAUCUAUAUUAAAGAGUAAUAUUUGGGAGUGACAUUUUUACUUUGCAGUUUUUUUAUUUUCUUAACAUCUGUAAUCUGGGUCUCUAAGUUGUCCUUGUUUUGAAAAAGAAACCAAUAAACUCAGUGGUUAUUCUCCCCGCC